AUGUCUGCGCCAUCUAACAAACCGAUCUCGAUGGCACCGUCUUCGACGCCACCUGCUGCCGCAACGGCCUCUGUGAUCCUCGAGAAGACCAACCCGGGCGUGCGCCGCUCCACCCCAGACUCGGAAGCACUGGCUUCCUCAGACGAUGAUGGGGACCAUGCCGCGCAAGCACACAACAUCAUCCCACCUUCCACCAAACCCCCAGCCCGUCGUACGUCGUGGUUAAAUGAGGUCCCCAUUUCAGCCCAGCGCAAACACUCCCUGCCCGGUGGUCAUCUGGCCUCUGCGCCAUCCAACCCCACGAGUCCAUCCACCGAUCAGGCACCUUGGGCAACAACCACAAGCCCGAACAUUGCAGGGUCUUUCAAUUGGAACCAAGCAGGAGGAAGCACGUUUCCCUGGGGCACGGGAACCGGUAUAUGGAACACUGAGUCGCGCAAAGAACCGCCUUCCCGCUUGUCCGAAAUGAUACCCUCUCCGACUAUGACCAACCCAACUCUCGUGGGCGGCAUGCAAGACGAAAUGCUGAGCCCGAUCACCCGCACGAUUUCCGGUGAAUCGGCCAUCCCGUUCUCUAUCCCGUUACACCCAACGCCGAAGACCUAUCGUUCCCAAUCUUACUCUGUAGGCCAAAUGGACCCUGAGUUCCUCGGAAUUGUGGCUGGCAAGCCCGGCCCUGGCCCACCUUACCCUGGCGGUCGUCCCCGAGGCCCAGGUCAGAUCUCAGCUGUCCAACCUCGGGCAUCACGCCCCAGCAUGCUAGGGGAGCUGGGACAUGAUCCUGCUAUGCUUGGUCGAGUUCGAGAGGACGAUGAUGGUGAUGACAGUCUCAACAGCUCAGAAAGCGAUAUGAACUACUCGGCGAGCCAAGCACGCCAGCAGAUCGAGCAACUUGCGCGUGAAAAUGCAAUGCUGCGACAGGCUGCCGCGGCCGGCCAGAUGGACAACAGAUACCGCGAGCGAGCUGGAUCUGCCGCGUCGAUCGGUGCAAAUGCACACCAUGCCCUGCACCGAAUCCGAGGCGGUGUUCCCGAGGAAGACCUAGGUGCUGAAGAUCUAGGAGAACUGCGCGACAUUGCAGGAUACAAUGCUUUGCGCGGGGUCUCCAAUCGCCGCUUCUCAGAGCACGCAGCAAACCCAGAGCAUUUCGGUUCAUUCGCUCCCCCGCUUGAGAAUCGGGCACUGGACAAUGUGCGUAAAGCUCAUUGGCAGACCUCUCUUGGGUUUGGGGGUAUGCCCGACAUGCCUCAGAGUCGUCGGCACUCUUUUGCUGACAUUCCGAUGCGUCACGGAUCCAUUGGUUCGGUAGAUUCUCUUGCAACCGCCACUCCUCGUGCUAAUGAUGGAGAUCGUGAUGACGUCUAUGGUAAUCUCAAUGAUUACGCUGGCCAACCUUACUACUCUCGGGAGCAGGCUUUGCGUGGAGACGGUUCUUCCGGCAUCCCAUCUUCUCUCAGUCAGUACGCCAUGUCAAGUGGAUAUGGCCGUCCUCCCUCUACCCUUUCACAUGCCCACCAGAACCAGCUCUUGUAUAUUGUUGCCUUCAAAUGCAGCCGCGCAGACGUCUUCUAUAUUCAAGAAGAUACUGGCCUUCAAGUGAAGCAGGGUGAUCUGGUUAUUGUCGAGGCUGAUCGUGGGACUGAUCUUGGAACCGUCAUUCAUUCCAACAUAUCACUCCAGCAGGCCCGUGAGCUGAAGCAUCAUUACGCCGAGGAGCAUUAUAAAACCCUGAUGAUGUACUCCCGUCAUGGUCAGCUUGAGGGAUCCGGCCUGACAAACCCCAAUGCGGGCUUGAACACCCGUAGCGCGACAGGCGGCAUGGGCCCCCACGGUCCGCACGGUGUACAGGAACCGAGCUCGGAACUUAAGCCGAAGCUUAUCAAGCGCUUGGCCCAGAAGCAUGAGGUUAUGACGUUGCACGACAAAGAAGGAAACGAAGCUAAAGCCAAGCGUGUCUGCCAACAGAAAGUUGUAGAGCACCGACUCAACAUGGAGAUCCUCGACGCGGAGUUCCAGAUGGAUUGGAAGAAGCUCACUUUCUACUACUUUGCUGAUUCAUACAUCAACUUCAAUUCUUUGGUGACCGACUUGUUCAAGAUCUAUAAGACUCGCAUCUGGAUGUCCGCCAUCAAUCCGGCCUCAUUCGUGACCCCUCCGACCGCCGGCCUUCCCGGCCCAGGCUCUAUCUCAAACCCUCUUUACAGCGGGGAUGCAGAGCGGCGUCACCAUGAGGCCCGAUCGUACGGCGGAUCUCGCGAUGCUAUAGACAAUGGCCGUGAUAUCCCAAACCCCGUCGGCAUGCUUCGCACCGCCUACGGUGACACCUACCAGCCAUUCGCUCCAUCUCCCCGCCACACCGAUGCGUCCCACGCCGAAAUAUUCGGCAGCCCAGCUGUCCCUCAUCUGGCCGCCGAAUCUAUCGAUUACCCCAGCAGCAUUGGCUCAACCAACGCCGGUGCUGCCCGCAUGCACCAAGCCCAAAACGAAUGGCUUACCCGCUUCCCGGGCCUCUCGCUCAACUCUUAA